UAGUGCGCAGCUCAUCGUAACUGCAGUCGAGCAAAGAAGUUCAUCACGGUCGCUUCGAACAAAUAUCUUCAAUAAAGUCUAAUUCGCAAAAUCUCAAGUUUAGUUUAAAGAGAAAGAUUCAUCUAUCAAAAACUGAACAAAAAUUUCGGAAAAUAAUAAGUAGGAGGAGAUCGUAUGAGAAUGGAAAUAUAGAUCGCAGACAGGAUGUCAGAAAUCUCGCAAACAACAUUAAUUGUCGAGGACAUAUCGAGCCGAAGGCUAGACUUAUAAGCGAUCUUAUUACUGGAGCUGCGUCGAACAGUCGCGAUCUGUAAGUGAAAUAGCGAGGAUGGACAGAUGGGCAGGAAAGGUGGCCGUGGUUACGGGCGCGAGUGCUGGAAUCGGGGCUGCGAUCGUCAAACAAUUAGUCAGUCAUGGUAUGGUGGUGGCUGGCCUUGCCAGAAGAGUAGAGAAGAUAAAGGAACUGGAGCAAGGAUUGGAAGAGUGUUCAGGGAAACUACACGCCGUCGAAUGCGACGUAUCGAAGGAAGAAAGCGUGAUCUCUGCUUUCGCAUGGGUGCAGGAAAAUCUUGGGCCUGCUAGCGUGUUGGUAAACAAUGCUGGAAUGACCAAAGAAUCUUCUCUUAUAGAUGGAAAUCUAGAAGAUUGGCAUACAGUUUUCGACGUGAACGUUUUUGGAUUGUGCCUCUGCACGAAAGAAGCUAUUCGUAUGAUGCGAGAAGCAGGGGGAGAGGGUGUCAUUAUAAACGUGAACAGCCUCGCGGGUGAAAGAGUGCCUUUUAUACCCGGAUUCUCUGUUUAUCCAGCUUCAAAGAGAGCCGUCACUGCUCUGGCACAGACUUUACGACACGAACUCACAGGAACCCAAAUUAGGGUCACGGGAAUUAGUCCAGGAUUAGUGGGCACGGAAUUAAUGGUAUCCUAUAGUACGUAUUCCGAGGAAGCAUUAGCAUCGUUCCCUACAUUGGACCCUGAAGACGUCGCUUCAGCUGCAAUAUACAUUUUAACAUGUGCUCCACAUGUUGUCGUUCAAGAUAUUGUUCUGCGACCUUUAGGCGAGUCUUGGUAGUGAACAUGCGAUGCAAUUCAGCAUUAGUUGCAGUAUAGUUAGAGUUAUUCAGUUAUUCGUUACAUUUAUUAUGGGAUAAAUAAUUGUUACAAAAAUAACAACGUUUAGGGAGAAUAGAAUUUAUUAUAUUAUUAAUCGAAACUUCUCUAACACAUACGUAGAUGACAAUUUUGUUGUUGAUUGAAAUUCAUGUUCCGCUUAACAAAUUCUAAUACCUUACUAUUUUAGUACUACUAUAUAUACUACUAUGUAAUGCAAAAAAAAUUCUUCAACGCUGAUGCUAAUAUUUCAACCUUAAACUGAAAUGAAACUUUCCCAACCUUUACUCUGAAAAUAAAUUUAACCAUUCUUCUUAAGAAA